GAUUGGCUACACUCGAUCUAUCGUUUCCGAUGUCGAGAGCAGCCGCUAGGACUCCUCUCUCACUAGAUCCAAUUUUUAACGUCGCCAAACAUCCGGGCAAAAAUGUCCGAUUUCGACGUCAGGUAGGCAUGAGGUCUGGUAUGGAGUCUGGAAGUCUACAGAGACUUGUAGGAAUCCAAUGUCCGACAACUACAAACGCCUCCUUCCGGCGCCUAUGCCUCCUGGCUCUGCCCAGGGAAAGGCACCGGAAUCAUCCUUCCAGAAGGAAACCGGUCCACCCGUCAAGAAGCGCACCGUUUCCAAGGCUGCCUGUAAUAACUGCCGCCUCAAAAAGAUCCGAUGUGAUGGUAAAAGGCCUUCCUGCACGGCCUGUACCAAGGCCGGCGUGAAAUGUAAUUUCGUUACCGCCAGCAGCGACGAGACCCCCUUUAUGGCUUUGAAGAGGGAAGUUGAAUCCCUCAGGAGGUCCACGGAAGAUAUGUUAGAGAUAUUUGACCUGCUAGAAUCAGCCCCUGACGCCGUAUCCCUCGACAUCUUAAGACGACUGAAGUCCACCAGGAAUCCAGGCGAGGGAACAAACGACACUUCCGAUGUUUUAGCAUCUGUAAAAAAAGACCUCGAGGACGAACCCCUUUUACCCGUGAAGAUAUCCAACCGACAGCUGAUGGCUGGCCUCAUACCCGAGACCCAACAAACUCCUGAAUACGAACUUAUGAUGCGAUGUCCAAAUGCCUAUCCGAUGUUAAUUCCGGUUGAGAUUGCAUUUAUGAACUUGGCCGAUCUGUUGCGCCCGGCCAUUCUUGAGCAAAAUAGAUCGCAUAGCAUGUAUGCUUCCUCCGUAGCUGGCGCCGGUCAAGGAGACGCCCCGUCAUCCUCGACUGCUCCAGGUGGUCCGAGUGAUAGUAGCACUAGAAGUGGAAUUACACCAACCGCAUUAGACACGAAUGGCUAUGAUAGCGGGAACUUUGUACCCCUACAAUCGAUGCACACAGUUAUUGACGAUCGCCUUAAGAGCGUGAACUUCCAAAGAUGGACCCCCGUUCCUAUUCCGAACAAGUUAGCUGCGACUCUGGUCUCGCUGUACUUAGAGAUUGAUCACCCCUGGUGCCCCUUAUUUGAUGCUGAUUUAUUUCUGAAUGACUGUAUGCAGGGGAAGACCCAUUUCUGUUCCGCCCUGUUAGUAAAUGCCUUGUUAGGGUGGGCAUGUCAAUCAUAUUCGAGUUUACAGCCAGAGGCCACUGCCUUUCUCGUCUCUUUCGAAACGGAGGCUGAGGCGCUAUGGCAGGUAGAGAAGUUCACGAACACGCUAACUGCAGCUGCAGCAGCUCAACUUCUUAAUAGUACAUCAGCUUCUCGGGGUCGUGAUGAUUUUGCGAACCAAUGUCUUGAUGAAGGAAUCCAAAUGGGGAAGCGUAUGGGCCUCUUUGGUGUGGGUUCCGAGAACGCAUCGGCCCUAACCUGGUUGGAUCACCACCAAGAUUGGCUCAGAGCUGCAUGUCAUACCUCGUGGGGUAUAUUCUCAUGCGCUUGUAUACGGUCUUUACACCUCCACCGAGCUGAGAUCGAAGCCCCACCCCUACUCCCCAUGCCUGGGGAGUACUUCGAUACGCAUGGAUACACCAGCUAUACAUAUUUGCCCCAGAAGACGCAUGUACCGACACGAGUUGGAGAGAGCUUCAAGGCCAUAUGUAAAUUCAAUGUAAUCGUCCAUGACAUUAUUUGGGCAUACUUUGGGACAAGCGAUACCGUCCCUGCUGCACGGGCCACGAUCGAAUUCGCAGAACAGAUUUAUCGAAGAAUUCUUGAAUGGGCAGCAUCACUUCCUCUCGAGCUGACGCGCGGAAGACGCAACCGUCAUUCAACAUUGAUGUUACAUCUUUACUACCACUGCGCCGUAAUGGAGGUAUUUUGGCCAUUUUUACAGGAAUCUGCCGACAAGGUGGUCAAGAUGGACCAUCUUACAGCUACCACAGCCACCACGAAAGACAUUCACAAAUCCUCGGUGAAUCAGCUCAAACGGCUCGUUCUCAUUUACUGUAUCAAUUUCAACAAUGCGUGCUCGUCAACACUAUGGCACAUCGCUCUCCUAUAUCUCGCAAACGCGAUGCUCUGCGAAACUAUGCGUUCAGGACAUCUACAUGACCCGGAGUGUUGGUUUUAUUUCAUGCUCUGCACAACGGGUUACGAGAAUAUGUGACGGGUCUUUCCAGGUAGUCGAGGUGACAAUACUCGGCCUCUUAAGCAUGGCCUUGCGUAACGGGUUCCUAUCUGCCCCCGAGGCAAAUAUCAUUCUGAAUAAUAUGAGAAAAAUAGGACAGCGAUAUGAUGCCCGAUUUACGGUCCGGGCAAGCUUUAUGGUUGACCUAGAACUGGCGAUGACGAGUCCGAAAGGGGCACAGGUACAAACCCUGGCAAGCGCCUUUCAUGAGCUAGCAAUAUUUCGGGAGUUUACAACUGGCGAGCUCAGGAACCGACAACACCCCUCGGGGACAU